AUGAAGUCAGGUUUCAAACGCCUCCCAGCAAUGGCAGACCCUGAGCCUCCGCCAGAGCCAACGCCGUUUCCGAUCAAGAUAGUAACAGAGCCUCCGCCGCCGCCAGUAGCUGACGACCUGGACUUGCCAUCUCCCGUUCCGGGCAAGCGGAACGAUCAGUUCUACUCAGCAUGGGAGAAAUUUCUAGCUGUAGAGCCCAAGCGAGCCAUUAAGACCUCGAGAGCUGCCCACGAAAUCGAAGUCGAAAAGGAAGCUGUGAGGCAGAGUCCUGGAGGUGGGCUUCAGAUCAAAGAAAAUGCUGCCAAGUCGUGGGAAGAAGCUGCAGCAGAAUGCAAGACUCAAGUCGCAGCCAUCGUUGAAGAGUGUGUGAGGCUGAACCAGAAGUAUAGAGAUGCCAUCUUCGAUCUGGAAGCCAACCCGUACUGUGUACAGAGUCUGACUGGGCGAUACCCAAAUGCAGUGGACAAGGUCGACCCGCCACCCUGGAUUAAACGUGUAGAAGACAUCUUCGAUAAGCCAGAAUUCUUCAUCGAUGGAGCCAGUGCUACAGAUGUACAUCAAGGUUCAAGUGGCGACUGCUGGUUUCUGGCAGCGCUGAUGGCAGUAUCUGCGAAGAAGGAAUUGAUCGAUUGCUUAUGUGUGGCGAGAGAUGAGAAGGUCGGAGUCUAUGGCUUUGUGUUCUACCGUGAUGAUGAAUGGAUCUACGAAGUCAUUGACGACAAGCUCUUCUUACGAGUAGGAGACGAUGAUGAUCUGCAGGUAGUCCGCGAUUGGGAUAGUGGGAAGAAGGAAGGCCUUAGUAUCAAGCACGACGAAGACAAGCUCAAGGAUACACUGCAGAAAGGUGGAACGGCGUUGUACUUCAGCCACUGCAAGUCUAACGAGACUUGGCUGCCGCUGAUUGAAAAAGCUUAUGCCAAAGCUCAUGGAGACUACUUUGCGAUCGAGGGCGGCUUCGCCAGUGAAGGCAUCGAAGACUUGACUGGCGGCGUAGCAGUCGUGCUUAACCCUGAGGACAUUAUGGACAAAGAGCGCUUUUGGCGAGAGCAACUAUCACAAGUCAAUCAGAAGUACCUCUUUGGUGGUGGCUCGAAGCCCACUGGAACGAAGGGCAUGGUAGGCGGACACGCGUAUGCGGUGCUCGAAGCUUGGGAAGAAGGCGACCUCAAGCUUCUCAAGUUGAGAAACCCAUGGGGAGAAGUCGAAUGGGAGGGCGAUUGGAGUGAUGGCUCCAAGCUCUGGACGCCAGAAAUGAUGAUUAAGCUCAAGCACACUUUCGGCGAUGAUGGCAUUUUCUGGAUGUCGUACAAACACUUUCUGAAGCAUUUUCCCUGCAUCAACCGUGUCCGACUUUUCGACGAAGGUUGGUCUGUCGCACAGCAGUGGACUUGCGUGACAGUGCCAUGGACAAUCGAUUACUUGGACACAAAGUUCCGCUUCACUGUGAGCGAAAAGGGCCCUGUCGUUCUGGUCCUUGCACAGCCAGAUGAUAGGUACUUCUACGGCUUACGCGGCCGGUACCUGUACAGCAUGCACUUUCGCGUGUACAAAGAUGGCGAUGAAACACGGUACAUCGUCCGCAGCAUGCACAACUCUGGCAACGAGACGGUCUUUACGAGAUCAGUCAGCGCAGAGAUCGAGGAUAUGGAACCAGGGACAUACAAUGUCGUCUUCAAAGUCACGGCGAUGAGGUCUACAAUCUCGUCCACAGCGGAAGAAGCAAUAAUAAAGUAUGCCGUCGAACGGAAGGAGAAGCUCCUGCAUGUCGGCCGGCGCUUCGACUAUGCGCAGAGCAAGGGCGACCUUCGGAAUAAGGAGAAGGCAGUCAAGGCUCUGAGGAAGCAGAACAGGAAGGACAAGGACAAGUCAGGCUGGAAGAAGAAUCGAAUGUUGACCCAACAGGAUCGCGAGCGUGCGAAGAAGCGAAAGAAGCGGGUCGACGAUGCUAUGAAGGAGAAGCGCAAGGAGUUCCACGACAGGCAGCGCGGGAGAGCGAAGGCGAGAGAGGAACGCAUGCGUCGGAAAGCUGCCGAAAGACAGGCUGCUGCACUGGCAGCCUCGGAUGAUGCCACUGCUGUCAAACCAGACGAACUUACACCAGCAUCAAGCGAGGAUGUGGCUAUCGAGAAGGAUGCGACUGCAAAGGCCGCGCCCGAGGACGUGACGGAGGGUGCCGCCCAACCUGAUCAGCCAGACACAGCCAAGGGUGACGACGUGAUCGCCAACCUGAAGAGAAUCGAAGACGAGAAGGGUGCCGAAGCUCUUACUGAAAAAGUCUCAGAUCUGCGCAUUCAGGACGAGCCUAGGGAACGGCGUGAGCGCCGCGAUCUUCAACGCACACUAGCACCAUCUCGCAGAAGUCGCAGUAUCUCUCCCGUCGAUGACGAUAGCGAAUACGAAUCUCCUCUAGAGCCUCCAGAGGACAUGGACGAUGAUGACUUCGAUUGGGACUCUGAGAUGGAUGGCCCGAUCAGCUCUGGGAGCAGCGAGGGCGAUGCUUCGCCGACCGUGGCUGGAAUGAGGAAGUCGUCGAGAGCGAAGAAUGAUAUUUUCGCGGAUGAUCCGUGGUCGGCGAUCUGUGUGCUUGGGUUGAGGAUAUAUACGAAGAGCAAGGAUUGUAGGGUUAGUGUUGUGAAGGGGGAGGAUGAGGCGUAG